CUGGUGUUCUCUUCCUCUUCCGGGUGACGGGCUGAGUCACUGAGUGUCCCCCCCGGCCCGGCCUCUCUGCUUGUCCGCCGUUCCUUCUUUUCCGGCGUCUCGGCGCGUCGUUCUUGCGUGCCUUCGCUUGCCUUUCCUUCCUGCCGCCGCGAUGCCGCUGGAGAACCUGGAGGAGGAAGGCCUGCCCAAGAACCCGGACCUCCGCAUCGCCCAGCUCCGCUUCCUCCUCAGCCUGGAGCCCCAGCGCCCGGACCCCGCCGUCCGGCAGGAGCUCAUGGCCGCCAUCCGCCAACACGACAUGGCUCCAUACUACGAGUCUCUCUGCAAGUCACUUGAUUGGCCAGUAGAUACGGAACUGUUAAACAAGAUGAAGAAAGCAAAUGAGGAGGAGCUGAAGCGCCUUGAUGAUGAAUUGGAAGAUGCUGAGAAGAACUUGGGGGAAAGUGAAAUCCGUGAUGCUAUGAUGGCCAAAGCAGAAUACCUCUGCCGAAUUGGGGACAAGGAAGCUGCGCUGACUGCAUUUCGGAAGACCUAUGACAAAACUGUGGCUCUGGGACACCGGUUGGAUAUUGUGUUUUAUCUUCUCCGAAUUGGUCUGUUUUAUAUGGACAAUGACCUCAUCACAAGGAACACUGAAAAAGCAAAAAGCCUAAUAGAGGAAGGAGGAGACUGGGACCGGCGGAAUCGUCUGAAGGUCUACCAGGGCCUUUACUGUGUGGCCAUUCGCGAUUUCAAGCAGGCAGCCGAGCUUUUCUUGGAUACAGUUUCAACUUUUACAUCAUACGAACUCAUGGAUUACAAAACCUUCGUAACCUACACAGUCUACGUCAGUAUGAUUGCAUUAGACAGGCCUGACCUUAGAGAAAAGGUGAUCAAAGGCGCAGAGAUCCUGGAAGUACUGCAUAGUUUACCAAAAGUGCGGCAAUAUCUUUUUUCACUCUACGAAUGCCGGUAUUCCGUUUUCUUCCAGUCACUUGCUACAGUCGAGCAAGAGAUGAAGAAAGACUGGUUGUUUGCACCUCACUAUCGCUAUUAUGUCCGGGAAAUGAGAAUCCAUGCCUAUAGCCAGCUCCUAGAAUCCUAUCGGUCACUUACACUAGGUUACAUGGCGGAUGCUUUUGGGGUCUGUGUAGAGUUCAUAGAUCAGGAACUUUCAAGAUUUAUUGCUGCUGGAAGAUUACACUGCAAAAUAGACAAGGUCAAUGAGAUAGUAGAAACUAACAGGCCUGACAGCAAGAACUGGCAAUACCAAGAAACCAUCAAAAAAGGAGAUUUGCUGCUAAACAGGGUGCAGAAGCUUUCAAGAGUAAUUAAUAUGUAAUUUUUUU